GGUAAACACAACCAACUCUUCCACCACUGCAUCCCCCAUUUCACAGUGCUAACUUGCCUGUUGAGUCCUGAGUUUCCAUCGAACCUGCAGUUACUCAGAUGCGAAACCAGUAGAUUGAAAUGGCCGAGGAGGAUGGCCUGCUUGCCCUGCAAGGCCUACAUAGCGAUCUACUCGCUUUCAGUGAGAAUUGCUUGAACGAUAUUGAACGCCUUGUGAACGAGCUUGACGGGCGCAUCGAAGAGUUCAGGUCUUUGCUAGAUAAGAAGGGCAAGGCCGAUGCAAGCAGGCGGAAACUUCAAGAAGGCAAAGUUGAGAUUGAGGAUGUUGUGUACACUCUCAAUGACGAAUUCAAGCAACAAGUAAUUGAGGUCUCCGACGAGCUAGACCUUGAUGAGCUUGAAGCAGCAAAAUUGCUCAUUCAGUCGCAAGAUGAAGCCGCUGAGCUGGACCGCUCGCCAACCGCCAGUGCCAUUAUACGCUUUCACAAGCGACGCCAGUUCCUAUUAGAAUGUCUACGCCUGCUCAUAAGCGUCGCGCAAGAGAAUGAGGGUGAUCAUAUGGGUAUGCUCGCAAUACACGAAAUCAAGCGCAAGAUUAUCAGUGUUCGAGACAGCAGUGUGGGUAAUGGCCCAAAAUAUUGGCAAAAGUGCUUCCAGGCGCUCCAAGACGUUGAAGCAUGGCUUCUUAAGCUCGCUGAUAGACAGCAACGCGUCUCCAUAAUAGGGCACUCGCUUUCUGAUGAGGCGCUCGAGUUACUCGAUUUUGAGAGCGUCUCACUUGUUCAACAGCAUGAAUCACUUGCCACGGUAUGCACCAUGAUCAUCAAGGACAGCGAUAACUACGUUGAUAUCUCGAACUUCAAAACCCUUCUUCAACGUAUUCGAACGAUUGAUAAACACGAUCUCAUCUUGGUCCACUAUUUGCCUAUCAUACUGGCUUCCAUCGCGCGCUUCGGCGACGCUGACAGCGCUCACUGCUUGCCCGAGCAAGCUGUCGAGAUUAACAAGCUGUUUUUAGCUGAGAAAGAGGCGGAACAUUGGGCACUUCGGAAUUUCCAUUCUGCAGCGUACGUUUGGUGGUGCGCCGAAUAUUUCUCCAAAUAUAAACUUGACAGCAAUGAGUCCGAGAGGAUGGAAUACGAAGAAUCGACUCGCUUCAACAAGGCCUUGCAGGAUGGUGCAUUUCAUUUCAUGCUCUCCGUUGCGUGGGACACACGGAAGCCGGACUGGUACGAUCCUGCAAAAGCUGGUUUAAUAUCUUUCCUGCUUGCCGACGCGGUGAAACUGGCGCCAGAGACCCCAAAGCCUGCAGCACACUUCCAACGCCUUUUUAUGGAUCAGGUGCAGCUCUUCGUUGACGCUUUCAUUUCAAACAUGCCCAAUACGCUGAGAAACCUCAAGAAUGAAGAGGAUAAACAGCGACUGGAACUUCUAGCGAGGUUUCAGAAGAACACCACGGAAUACCAAUACCACCUCGAACGCUUUCUUGUUAUUCUUGCUCUUGCGUAUGAAGACAGUCCAGAGGGAGCACUAAUGUUUUGGGACGAGCCAGACGGAAAUUUAUACGGCUUUCUGCAAUGGGCUGCAAAGAGACAAACCACUCCUCGGGUUGCUGCAUUCUGCGAGAUGCUCGGGUCAUUAGCCGAGAACGAGGAGAAUGCCGAUGCGGCGCAUCGAUUCCUGCUUGAAGAGGGCUCGCCUGUCGCUGGUAAGUUGCGACGAACUGGGAGUCUGAGCUGGAAUCAGAUCUAUGCCGAGAUCUUCUUCUACGCAAAGACUAUUCGCGACAGGCCUGCGCUGCCUACUACGUUGAAUGAGUAUGGUGUACCUCCUGGAUCUGCACAAGAAGUUGUUGAACCGGAAUCUGCAAUGAUGCUUGAGUGCUAUCUACGACUCGUCACGCAGCUAUGUCGACAUAGUGGACAGGCGCGCGCAUUCGUUCUUGAAUGGCAACACGAGAACUUAACUCUAAGGGAUAUCUUGUUUCAACUAGCGUCGAGCCAAAUCGAUAGUCGGUUGCGUGCUUGCGCCUUCAAAACUCUACAGGCUCUACUAACGAAUAAGCAACGAGAAGAAUCAGAUACCAUGUGGACUAAACUGGACCAAUGGAUUGCUGGCGGUGUUUCGCAUACAGGCGCUCAAGCAGCUCGUGUGCCUGCACGACCAUCUCAGUCGUGGUCGGAACAAGUCAUUUUUGAAACGAUUGCGUCGAGCUUCGAAGAAGCAAAUUCAUUUUUAGGUCUGCUUAAUCAGCUUAUUGCCCCGAGCCAGGACGAACUUGGCCUGAAUGAUGCGUUGCCAUAUCCCGAAAACCUAGGCAGCACAUAUCGUAUGUCCGGGAUCGAUUCAUACGUGGACUUCGCCGUUGGCAAAGCUUUCGGUGACCGAACUGCUCUGCUCACAGAUCAAGUUCAGCUUCGGCUUCUUAGGUUGAGCGCGUUGGAUUUCAUUGCUGCAUGUCUGUCAACAUUCAACGAAGAUCUCGUGGUGGUUGCCAAUCGCUCCUCCUUCCCGGUUGACAAGGCUAUGCACACUUCAUCUCUCGAGGCAUAUGUGCGUCUGCACCCUUUCGCUCGCGUGAUGGAAUGGAUGUUCAACGACAAGGUCCUUACUGCUCUUUUCGCAACCGCCCACCAAGAUAUUAACGAAGUCAAUGCAGCAGCCGCCGACUCACCAUACAUACUCGGCCUGGUGCGCGCAGUCGAGGUCAUGAACUUGGUCAUGAGGCUGCAGCCAACGUACCUGGACAUCGUGCGACCUGUCGUCAAACGCAAGUCCACCGCCCGUCGCCCGACAAUUGCACACUCCGCAAUUUCCAGUUUCGAAGAUGCGUUGCUAAACAACCUUCAGGUUGUUGUUGAUCUCGGCCUCUAUUGUGGUACAGGCCAUCAGGAACUUACCCUCGCAUCUUUGGCUCUCUUGGAAAAGUUGUCAUCAAGCAGGAAGCUCGUUGUAAGCCCCAGCUCGGGCUUCGGCAAGUUUUCAGACCGUAGCAAGCUAAUUGGGGUGUAUGAGCAGAACGACGACGCUGAGCGAGUCUCUCGAAGCUUGAUCGCUGAGCUUCGCAUUGACAAUCGCGAACUUGAAGGUCGUGAAUCAGCUCCAGGAUAUAUUAUCAAAACUAGCAUACUGAGCUUCCUCAAAAACUGCCUCUCAGCUCUUCCAGAUCGACCAACAUUAGCACAUUUAUUGCUUGGCUUCAUCUGCCGUGUACAGGAGUUAGAAAUUGCUUCUGAUGGUCUCAUCGCGCAGGGCACAAGUCUGAUGCAUGCUAUUGUUACACUAGCGGUAGACUACCCUGAGGUUGGCCCUGUACUUGCUAAUACACCUCAUGAUGAUGGGCCAGAGCUUAUGCAUCCGAAUACUGGCGAGCUGUCAUACUUCGCCUGGCUUAGCAACAUUAAAGAGGCAUGCACUGAGAUCCUGCGCAUUUUGUGGACAUCACCAUUGUCCAACGCUCUCGUCAUGACGGAGCUGCGUAGUAUUGACUUCAUCUUCGCUUUGGCGAUGCGACAAGGCAUUGUCAAUCAGACAACCUUGUGGGAUGGUUUUAGCAUUCGAGAUUCGCCGUUCCUCUACAGAUCAAGUGCACUGGCUCUUCGGAACUUCUUGCGACAGCGCUCUGCGUUCUAUGACUACAUGUCCCGAGAGCUUCGUGUUGCGGCAUCUGAGAAGAUGAACGGGCUCAAAGCACGUCUUCAAGAUACCUUACUUGGGCAAACCAAAUUUCCCGGGCAAGAGCCGCUUCCAAAUUCAACCGUCUUUGAUCUGUUUGACUUCAUGGAGCUAGAUAUUCCUGCGCAACCCCAACGGCCCCACUGGGAAAAUUUCGCGGAUAUUGAUUUCGAAGUGUGCCGUUUUGAGGGGAAAGGUAGCACCAGUCCGUACGACAUCGCCAGUGCACAAGAAAUAAUGCUCUUGCGUCGCAACGAGGUGAUGUCAGCGAUGACGAGCGCUGUUGUCUCAAUUGACGAUCCAAUUAGCAAAAGAUUUGAUGAAGAGUUUGAGAGUGUCCUUCUUUAUCUCAACGCUCUAAACCAGCAUCAGGAACUUCUCGUUUGCCAUGCCGAGACUCUUCGCUCCUGGUCACAACUUGUUAUUGUUGCCGUUGAGAACUGCAAUUUUGAUGCAUCAACGCGUACUUCUUUCGCAUUGCAAGCACUUCAACUAGUCCUUCCAAAGCUGGAGCAUGCUCUUGAGCGAUAUAACGUUACAGCGCUGUGGACCGCACGCACACUCCUCCAACAAGUGCAAAUACUGAUGAAACACGUGGGUUUGGAGUCACAAUCGGACCGCAAAACAGACUUCGGUAACGAUCGCGUCUUCAACGUGUUUCGAAUUGCUCUGGCAGGGAUCUUCGCAGAUAUCGCGGACUCGGACUUGCGAGAGCUCUGCUAUAAUAUAUGCUAUCAGUACUUACAGGUCACGCUACGCUCAGCUAAGAAGGGUUCUAUUGCAAACAGGCAUAUGAUGCGCAGCGUCAACUUGGCUGGCGAGCGAUUGCUAGACAUCGCAUGCGACGAUGCUUAUUCUGGCGAAGGUCGGAGCAGAAUUGCAGCUCUCAUGUUUUUGAAUAAUUUGGUCCUGCUUUGCAACGUCGAAGAGAGCAAAUAUGUGCUCGAAGGCUUUAGCAGGCUGAAUUUUGUUGGCGUACUUGUUGACGGUAUCAAGGGCAUGCCCCAGGAUUUGAGGGAAACCGAAGAUGUUACAGCGACAAUUGCGUACUACACAGCUGAACUGUCUCUUCUGCUCCGAAUUUCUCAAACACGAAGUGGUGCUACAGCGCUUUUAAACGCUGGGUUUUUUCCUGCAAUCCGAGAAUCGGGACUCUUUUCCACCGAUCCGGAUAUCGGUCUUGAUGUUGACAAUCCCGCAGCGCUCAAAAUAUUUUUCGACAUCGUACUCGCAAUGCUCAAGGUCAUUUCUUCCGUACUCCUUACGCGCGGUGUUGGCAAUGAACAAAUGAAGAACUUGGUCAGAGACUUUUUGAACGAAAACAGAAGUAGCAUUGUCACUGUCUUCAAGCGAAACGCUAAAAUCGGAUGGAAUGUCAGCGCAGCGAAAGAAGAGACUGAGUUGAGCGCGGUACUUAGCGAAUGUGUGGACAUGUACUCCCUAUUAAUAUCGGCGACCGGAUGGCUCGAGCACGAGGAUUCUUCAAUUUCAAAGGGGGUGAAAACAAGGCUCACAGUUUUUUCAUGAUCGCAGAGAAAGCCAUGCAACAAGGGUAGAUAUUGAGAAAGCUUCUCGAAGAGCGUAUGGGAGAUGUUUGCAGACUUUAUGCCAAACUAUAAUAAAUGAAGAAAAGUUCACAACCCAUGAAGUCUUGCUUUUCCAAGAUUUGAGGGAUGUAUAGAAAUAUGUUGUCAUUUGCUGUUCAAGGCAUUCACCCCGUCUCCAAGGACCCAUUCGUUCAGAGCCAGCAAAUCUACUGAAAGGAAGAG